CGGUGUCUGCUGGGAUGGGAACCACGCCGCUUCCCAGCCUGGGUGCUCGGAGAGAGGCGCGGAGCUUUCAAGCAGAGCUUCAGUCCGUCUCCCGCUAGUAGGACCCCGGCGCGCCAUGGAGGUGGCGGCUAAUUGCUCCCUGCGCGUGAAGAGACCGCUGCUGGAUCCUCGCUUCGAGGGUUACAAGCUUUCCCUCGAGCCGCUGCCCUGCUACCAGCUGGAGCUUGACGCAGCUGUAGCCGAAGUAAAGCUGCGUGAUGAUCAGUAUACGCUGGAGCACAUGCAUGCUUUUGGGAUGUACAACUACCUACACUGUGAUUCCUGGUAUCAGGAUAGCGUCUACUACAUUGAUAGCCUGGGAAGAAUUAUGAAUUUAACUGUGAUGCUGGACACCGCCUUGGGAAAGCCGCGAGAGGUAUUUCGGCUUCCCACGGAUCUCACGGCCUACGACAAUCGCCUGAGCGCCUCUGUCCAUUUCACGUCCCCAACCUGGGUCACCUUGUCUGACGGCACUGGGCGACUCUACCUCAUCGGGACCGGUGAACGUGGAAACAGCGCUUCCGAGAAAUGGGAGAUUAUGUUUAAUGAAGAACUUGGGGAACCUUUUAUAAUAAUUCACAGUAUCUCAUUGCUGAAAGCUGGAGAACAUUCAAUAGCCACCCUUCUUCUUCGAAUCGAGAGAGAGGAACUGGAUAUGAAAGGAAGUGGUUUCUAUGUUUCCUUGGAGUGGGUCACUGUCAGUCAGAAAAAUAAAGAUAGUAAAAAGUAUGACAUUGUGAGGCGCGACCUUCUCCGUGGCAAGUCAGUCCCUCAUUAUGCUGCCAUCGAGACUGAUGGGAAUGGCCUCAUGAUUGUGUCCUAUAAGGCCUUCACAUUUGUUGGCAAAGAUCUUGAAGAAAACAAGGAUGAAAUCAUGUCAGAGAAAAUCAAAGAGCCUUUGUAUUACUGGCAACAGACGGAAGAUGAUCUGACAGUAACAAUACCACUUCCGGGAAACAGUACCAAGGAGGACAUUCAAGUACAGUUUCUGCCUGACCACAUUAAUGUUGUUGUGAAAGGUCAGGGGAUUUUGGAUGGAAACCUCUAUUCAUCUGUUGAUCAUGAAAGCAGUACGUGGAUAAUUAAAGAGAAUAAUAGCUUAGAGAUUUCUUUGAUUAAGAAGAAUGAAGGACUGACGUGGCCAGAGCUCAUCGUUGGAGAUAAACAAGGGCAGAUGCUGAGAGACUCAGCCCAGUGCGCUGCCAUAGCAGAACGCCUGAUGCAUUUGACUUCUGAGGAGCUGAAUCCAAAUCCAGAUAAAGAAAAACCUCCUUGUAAUGCUCAAGAGUUAGAAGAAUGUGAUAUUUUCUUUGAAGAGAGCUCCAGUUUAUGCAGAUUUGAUGGUCGUACAUUAAAAACUACCCAUGUGGUGAGUCUCGGAAGCAACCAGUACCUUUUCUCUGUUGUUGUGGACCCUAAAGAGAUGCCGUGUUUCUGUCUGCGCCACGAUGUGGACGGUCUCCUCUGGCAGCCGCGCUCCAGCCAGCAAGAGGACAUGUGGGAGCACAUCGCAACUUUCAACGCUUUAGGCUAUGUCCAAGCAUCAAAGAGAGACAAAAAAUUUUUUGCCUGUGCUCCAAAUUAUUCUUACGCAGCCCUUUGUGAGUGCCUACGCCGGGUGUUCAUCUACCGCCAGCCCACACCCAUGUCCACAGUUCUUUACAACAGAAAGGAAGGCAGACAAGUGGGGCAGGUUGCUAAGCAACAGGUAGCAAGCCUGGAAACCAAUGAUCCUAUUUUAGGCUUUCAAGCAACAAAUGAGAGAUUAUUUGUUCUCACUACCAAAAACAUCUUUUUAAUAAAGAUAAAUACAGAGAAUUAAUUACUUGAACAUGUUGGCUUCUUUAGACUGGAAGUGUAUUCAGUGGUAACUGGAAAGCUGGACAGUUUAUACUGUAACUGAUGGAGUUUUCAUGUGUUAAGAAAAUACCUUACAUGAAUUUUAUUUUUUAAAGGAAACUUAGAAAUAUAUGAAAGAAAUUGUGAGUAUAAAAACUACAGAAGGAACUGACAAAUUUAGGAAAAAAAAAUGUUCCUGUAAAAAUAGUGUUAGCAAGUAUGUUUUUAAAAAUGGCUCGAACUUCAUCUUUUUUAUGAAAGAUGUUUAGUGUUUAAAAAUUAAAAUAUUUAUGGUGUGCUCUUUGUUUAUUGAUACAGUUUCUAUGUUCUGUGUAACAAUUACAUGUUUAGUUUUAAAUACAUUCUUAUGGGGUCCGAGGGAUAAUACAACAGGUAGGGCAUUGCAUUGCACACGGCCGACCCGGGUUCAAUCCCUAGCAUCUCAUAUGGUUCCCCGAGCACUGCCAGGAGUAGUUCUUGUGUGACCCCAAAAGCAUAAAUAAAUAAAUAAAUAAAUAAAUAAAUAAAUAAAUACUUUCUUAUAAUGGACUGAAGAGUUGAGGAAGGGGAAGUACCAGAGGAAUGGCAGAUCUCGUGUUACAAUAUGCAGGAACCUACAUAUUUCUCCCAACGAAUCUUGAUCCAGUUUCUCUUUUUCCUAUUAUUUUAUUUUUUUAUUUUUGCCUCUGUGGCAGGCACCUUUCUUCUUACUAUUCUCUGACUUUGAUCCAGUUGCUCUUCCACAAAGUCUAGCUCUUACCCAUUGCUACACAAUUGGGCACCCCAAAAGUCAGGGAUUUAAAACAAGGAUACUUUACAGUUUUGGUCAUGACCGGGAAACUUGGCUCUUUUUUCUGCCCACAUCUCAUUCUUUAAGAUAAACGGGGCUAAUUCCCAACAAGGGGAGGAGAGCAUUAAUGGAAACCUCUGCUUCCAUCAUUUUUCAUCUAUUUUGAAUAAAGCAAGUCCCCUAGCUAGGUCUCAAGUCGAUCACGCAAUAACAGUACAGAAGAAUAUGGAUAGCGGGAAGUAGAAUUUAUCAGGGGGCCAUUUGUGCCGCAAUCUGCCACAUUAACAAUCAUUGUCUUUAUAGUUCUUACUGUUUGGAAAAUAUCCUGUUUUUAUAUAAAGUAUAUGUGCCAUGAAUUGUAGUUUUUUGUUAUUCCCUAGGAUUUCUUUUGUGCUUACUUGGAAUUAUGUUUAUAUAAAACUCAAGUUUACAGGCUAGGGAGGUAGCUCAGAGGGCUGGUCAGGCAUGUAGGACCCCCGGUUCUGCCUCUGUCAUGGCGUAGUCUCCUGAGCACCACUACAUAUUGCCCAGAAAUUUUAAAAAAGGAAAAGAAAACAAAAAAUAACUCAAGUUCGCAUAGUAAUAAUUUAACGAGAAAGCUGAGACCUUAAUGUAAGAAAAAUAAAAAGAGAUAAGAGAAAAUAUUUGCUCCUAUGUUGUCUUGCCCAUCUUGCCUGACUAUUGACUGAAUUAAAUUUUACCAAGACUUUUCUGUCCUUCUCAUAUUUCUCUAGACUUUCCUGGGUAAAAGCAAUUUUACUUCCCAAAAUACUAGCAGUAGAAUUAAGAACAAGUUUAUGGGACAGAAAAGGGUGAAAAAUACGGGAACUACAUGUAUGUUCUAAAACAUUGUGUCAGAACGCGGUGUCCUAGAGAUAAAAGGCAUUUCUCAAAAUGUUAAGAAUUGUUUGUGACACUUGUAGUCCCAACAGUAUUGACUUGGUAUUAGGAAAGCCAGUACAUAUCACAUACUUGAAAUUAUGAACAUAGGUUGAGACAAAAGUUGAGUGACUGAUAUUGUUAGAUCGUUUUAGUUUCCUUUGAAACAAGAUACUUUGAAUGGUGUUGCAGGAUCAGAGAAAUAGUUCAGGAAAUAAAACACUUGCCUUGCAUAGAGCUGCCCAGGUGUGAUCCUGAGUGCCCUAAGUGGUCCCUGGACACUGCCAGGCAUCUCUACUAGGCAGGAGCCUGAGCAGGCCGCACAGCAGUGAGAAGUACAGCACUCCCCCUCCAAAGGAAGAAAUGAUUAACUAAAUCUUUAAUAUAAUUUAAAAUCUUCCUCAAAGAUCAUAAAUAUUCUUAGGAAAUAUAUAAAAAUACAUUGCAUUGUGACAUGGAAGAACUGUAAUUCCGUUUUCCCCAAGUGCGGGUCAUUUAAAUUCAUCCAAAUUUUUAUUGUAGACAUUGUAAUCAUGUACGUUCUUACAUUUCUCUGACUGCAUCUUGUUUUGUGUAGUGCUGCUGGGACUUUGGAGGACAUGCUUGUGUUAUUGUAGAGGAGUUUCCAUCUUCCAGUGUUCUGACCAAAACUUAAUUAUGUAAACACAAAAAAGAUCCUCAGGGGCUGCUGCUGCUGCUGCUGGACACGUGUGUUCAUUCAGUGGCCCUGAGCCGUCUCCCCGCCUCCCCACCUCCCCAGGGCUCCCCAACAGAGACACAGACGGGGAGACGGGGAGGCUGGGGACCACAGUCCUGCUGGGAUUUUGGAGGACAUAUUUGCAUUAUUGUAGAGGAGUUUCCAUUUUCCAAUAUUCUGACCAAAACUUAAUGUUUUAAAUUUCAUUUUAAAUUUAUAAGAUGUUUAAAAUUUUCACUGGUUUUCCUUAUUAUCUUUGAGACCAGGCAGGCAUCCUUUAAAAUGUUGACCAUCUUUUUUUUUUCUUGAAUUGACUUCGUAUUUUUUGCCUGUUUUUCUGUAGUAUAGUUGUCUACUUUUUAAAAAUUAACAGCUUUUUGUAUAUUCUAGAUUCUAGCCCGCACCAAUUUUACAUUCCUAAGUAUAUUGUUGCAUUUCUUAUGUCACUGCUAAUAGAACCUGGUUAUUAAAAUAUUUUUGUUUUGCACUAAUCAAAUUCAUUAAUCUUUCCAUUAUGUUUUUAGGUUGUAAGGAACCUUUUCAACCUUGAGAUUAUAUGCAUUUUCUUCUGAUAAUAAUAAUUGUGUAUUUGUUUUCUGAUAAAAUUAAACUACCUUAUUUAAAUACUGUUUCAGGUUAUAUUGAGUUCUAGAUAAGUACUUUUACCUUGACUGUUUUUACUUAUUAUUUCAUCUAAUUUUAGAAAAGCUUAACUUCUCAUUUAUUACCUCUACACAUCAUUCUGCCUGAUUUUUAUUGUUUAACUAUAUUUAUCUAAUAAGAUACUUUUAGUGUCAAAAUGCAAUUAAAAUAUUUUUCCAGAUUGGCAGACUAGGACAGUACUUGAUUUUACUUUCUUUUUAGCCUUACAAAACUUAGUCAUUAUUAUUUUUCUUUAUAGAUAAUCACAAAUCAAACAUUUGGUAUUCUCAUAUACAGUGAUAUAAUUAUAUAAUUAUGUAUAAUCGCCCCUCUAUGUACAUUGCUGUGAUCAUUAGACACCAUUCAGAGCAUUGUUUAACCAUUUUAAGGUCGUCUUUCUUCAUCUAUCUUAUCCUUUCCUUGGCCCUUCCCAUUAGCGACUGACUAGUUUGCCUACCUUCUGCUUAGGUUCUUUCUGAAGCAUCUCAACAGUAGACAAACACUUUGUCUAGCACUUUCAUCCACUAUACACUUCAUCCAGAGGCAUAUUCCUUCCCCCACCUUUCCAAAAACAGGAUAUCUACAGUAAAAUACAAUGUAUGAUGAGGGACGACUAGGUGAUUUCCCUUAUAGGAUCAGGGACAGGGCCAGGAUGUCUGCAGUCACUGUUUCUAAUCAACAUUGUUCUCGAAAAAAUAAGACAUCCAGAUUGGGAAUGAAAGAAAACUGUCUUUACUCCUAGGUUGUCCAUUUAUGUAGAAAAUCUUUGGAAUUCAAUUUAAAACAAGCUACUAGAACUUUAAGUUAGUUUUACUAAAGUUGCAGGAAACAACGUCAAAACACAAAAUUUUAUUGGAUAAAAUUUUUGAUGGAAAAGGCAAAAUCUGGUAAUAAAGGAUUAAAAAAUGAAUAUAAAGUAUAACAGAAUUUUUUAUAGAAAGUUAGCUAGCAAGAAUAACUGAUAUUACAAACACAAGAGGCAUUUGCAAUAGCAUUGUAUUGAUGACUCAGAAGAGUUAUUAUAAAAUGUGUCCUGUCAAAUUUAUAGACUCAGAACAGUCAGUCCUCGCACGAUGGGGGAGCAAAAAUACAGCAAUAAAAGAACCUGCAAUACCAAUUAGAAAGCUGUUUCUUGCAAACUAGGCUAAAUGCUCAUUACAAAGGUACAGUACUGAAAACAAUGUGUUAUUGGCAUCAAAAAAGACAAAUAGAUCCAUGGAACAGAAAUAGAUCCAUAGAACAGAAUGGUCCAGAUAUAAGACAUUUAGUCAUAACUGAUUUUAGACAAAUAAAGGAGACUAUUUUCUACAAAUGCCAUGGGAACAAUUGAAUUAAUUAGGUUUACCUUCGUGUUUGCCCAAAGGUCCUAAUCUUUGGGAAUCUAUAAGUUACCACAUAGUUAAGAACAGUAAAUGGACUUCACAUAGAGAAUCUAUGCUGUAUAUAUAUCUGAGGUUUCCAAAUUUAUUUGACCAGUCGCCCCCAUUCAGAAAAAUAAGGUUACUCAGAACAUCUCUAGAAGUUUAUCUAAAGUGAGUAAAGUCUCCCUCCUCUUCAUACCAUUGCACUGGCAACUACUGUUAUCUCUUGGUAGUUCCAGUGGAGGAGGGUUGGUGGUAUCACCCACUGUGGGAUGGAUUGGUCUAGUUAUACUUUAACCCUGUUAUAGUGUAUAAGGCAAUGGGAAGAUUAUAAAGGUAGGAAAAGCGACAUCAAGCUGAAGGCAGGGAUUGAAUUUAUGUCUUUGUUCAAAAACUCAGAAACUACCAAUUAUGCUGGCUGACACUAGAAGAAGCUAGAAAAGCAGAGGAACAGGCUGUCUAGUAGGGUAUGCAAAGAGUGAUAUCACCUUAACUUUGGACUUUCGGCCUCAGAUCUAUGUUAUACAGAACAUACUAGUAGUAUAGAUUUGUUUAAUGUCACCAAAUUUGCGGUAAUUUCUUAAAGCACCCAAAGGAAGCUAAUGGCUUUUUACCAAAAUUUAAAUGAACCAAAGAUCUAAAUAUAAAACCUCAAGAUGAAACUUGUUAAAACAAAAAAAUAACAAAAUUUAUACAUCCCUAGAUUAAGGUAUAAAUUUCUUGCUUGUGACAUAAAGAGCAAGAUCUAUUUAAGAGUACAUUGAUAAACCAUCAGAAUUAAGAAAUUAUGUUUUUGGAGGCCUUAGAAUAAUGGAAGAUAAAUCACAAACUUAAAAAGAUCUUUUGCAAUUCCCACUUCUAAUAAAGAACUAGUAUAGAAUAUAGACUAACUAGAAUAUAUAUGUAUAUAUAUAUAUAUACACAAAGAACCUCUAAAACAAUAAUAAUUGAAUAAAUUUUUAAUGAGCCAUUGGGAAACAAAUGGUCUACUAGAGCUUUAAGUGCAUUUUAAAUAAGCAGUAAAAAGAUGUUCAGCAUAAUUAAAUGAAAUUACAAAUGAAAGCAAACAAUGUUUAAAAUGCUUCAAUAUAAGACUUCAUAUCAAGUCUUGGCUAUAAUGAGCAACUGAACUCUCAGCCACUGGGAAUAUAAAAUGAUCGAAGCACUCUGGAAAUGUUUGGUAGUUAUAUCUCAUUUUAAAUAAAAAUGUAUAUGAUCCAUUCCUUCUGCUUACCUAUUCUCAAUAUAAAUGAAAGUUCACAAUCUCACAAAAACUUGUGUAUAACAUUCUUUUUAAUAGCCUGAAAAGAGGCUAUCACUUUGUGAUAGAUUGUUGCUCAAAAAUGUGUUUGUGUGUAUAUAUAUGCAUAUAUAUACACACAUUUAUAUAUACAUAUGUGUGUAUGUAUACACACAUACAUAUCUAUACACACCAAGAUGGGUGAAUAGCAAAAUAUGCUGCAAGUAGUCAAAGUGCAUACUAUACUUCUGUUUAGGACAGGAUCCUGAUAGGAUCCUGAAAGUACAGGAGGUCAGGCAUUUAAAUGUUACAUGCAACAGACCCCAGUUCAGUUUUUGGAUUACAGAGCCAGAUACAGCCCCUAAGUACGAGUGUGCCCCCUCCCCCAAAAAACAGUAUUUCUAGAAAGUGCCAACAAGUCUAUAUGAUAGGAAAUAUUAAUGGUUGCCUUUUAAAUGCCAGAUUGUCACCUUUGACCUCCAUCCUGGGGGUCUGUCACAGAGAAUGAGAUAAACACAUCAGGAGACAAACUAUCUUAACUUUAGGGUCACCUGGGCAGUCAUCCCAGAGCUUAUUCAAUACUUGUUGCUUCCUCAUUGCACACCAGGCUCCCAAAUAGAUGAAGUCAUUGUCCGUUGACAGACAUUAAGGAUAGUUAAACUAAGGAUAGUUAGCUUGUGACCAUCCAGUAGGUGAACAGCAGAGGCUGGGCUUUUUUACAUAGCCAAUCAGAAGGCACCUUUAAAUUAUAAAGUCCUGAUAGUUUCCCAUUCUUAGGGGUGUAUCCCAUUCUUGGGGUUUUUGUUAGGGUGAUCAAUUCUCGCAAUUGCCUGAGUGGAAGGUAUUGAAAAUGAGGUAUUAUAAGGGUUAUAAGGAAAUACUUUGGAGAAAACAGAUAUAGCCAUCUUAAUUGUGGUCAUGUUAAGUCAAAUUUUAUGAAUAAUUUAGUCAAAUUUUAUCAUUGAAACUUGGAGGUUUAUAUAAAUGACUACUCGAUUCUAAUUAUUUCUCUGAGUUUAUUGAAUUUUAUAAAUGUUUCUACUGACAUAAUAUUGUAUCACUAUAUUUUUUUAAAUAAUUUUGAACUAUCUGGUAUGUAUUUUCCUUUGUUGUUUUCUAAAACCAUAUCAAAUUUUAUUGUAUUGUCUUUCUAUAAUAUCUUUUAAAAACCAUACCAUGCUUUGCUGUAUAAUCAUCACAGCCUAUUUUUUUUUUCAGUAGUACCAGUAUCUUGAAAAAAAUUUUUAAAGCUUGACAUAAUGGUUGCAGCUUUUUAUGAGAAAUAAUAAUAACAACAACAUGCAUGCCAUAAAGUCAACAAUGAUGAUGCAGUGAAUUACAAUCUUUUUGGGUGUUGCUGAUUCCAUCCUUUCACUAUGACCUAAUCCAAUAGGUCCUUUUCAUUUUCCUGAUCAUAGAGAUGUCACUAAUUUACACCCAACCCAUCUAUGUAUAUUGGGUACCAGUGAUUUAUAAUGAACAUUUGCUGAUUUGAGGAACAAAGACUUCUCACACCUGCAAGUAGACUUUCCACUGCAAGUAUACAAACAACCAAAAUUGUCAUUAUGAUAGAGGGAGAAUCUCUCAAAAUAUGCGGCCAAAGGAAGAGAGCAAAAGGCUCUGAAAGGGAAAAUGAAUCUUGUUUAUAUCAUCCAUUCUACCUCAUGCUAGAUCUAUUCUUGGAUUUUGAAGGUGAGUCACCAGUUUCUCUUUUUGACUAAACUGAUUGGUCAAGAAAGACAAUUCCAGGAUGAAACAUUAAAUGUGAAACUCCUGACAUUGAAACUAAUCCUAAGAUUUUACUGUUAAUGAGGUUAAAUUGGCUAUAAGUAGCUUCCAAAAUACUCAUUUAAUAAAUUUUUUAAAGCCAGAUAUUUUUGUCUUCAAAUAAUAUUUACUGACUCUCCUCAAAAAAGCACCUUUUUCUUUCAAAUAGUUUGAUUAGUGGAGUUUAGUGUUUUAUAUGUAUAUUAUCAAAAUACACAAAUAGUGAUAGUUUUAUUUUUCUGAUUUGGAAUGCUUUUUAUUUUAUUGCCAUAUUAACAAUAUUUUUCAAUAUAGAUUGUUGAUAUCAUGAUUUUUAUCCUUUUGUUGAUGUGAUAUAUUGACUUGUAUAUGUUGAGUCAUACAUCCUUGAAAUAAAUCCCACUUGGUUAUUGUAUAUGAUCUUGUUCAUGUAUUUUAGAUUCAGUUUGAUAAGAUUUUAUUGAGAAGUUUUACAUAUAUGUUCGUUCAGAGAAAUUAGUCUAUAGAUUUCUUUUUGUUAUUGUCUGGUUUAUUAGGAUAAUGGUAGGCUUAAAACAUUUGGAUGUAUUUCCAUUUUAAUUCUUUAUAAGAGUUUAAGAAGAAUUAGCAUUAGAUAUUCUUUAAAAAUUUAGUAAAAAUUACAAGUGAGGUGGUUCUGUGCUUUUGUCUUUGGAAGACUUCAUUUCAGUAUUUUUGGUCUUCAAAUUUUCAAUAAAUUAAUGCAAUCUGACAACAGGCUACAAAUUCA